AUGGCAUCUUCUAUUUGUAACCGAUUGAUCAGGAAAGUAUGGAGAUCGUUCAUCGAUGAUCUUAGCGAUAUACCCGAAGCUGAGGGUAUUUAUACCAUAGGCCUCCGUAAGACAGAUGAGAACGUUGUGUACCUUUACGUGGGAUAUUCAAAAGACAUGCAUAGGAGGGUACCCGAGCAUAAAUGGCAAAAUUUGGAUAUCGAUGAGUUUAUAAAGAAGCAGAUUGAGAAAAAUGGUGGCAAAGAUCUCACAGUGAAAUGGGUGGAAGACCGGGACGGAAAAUGUAAAGAAGGGAAGUACAUCGAAUGCAUGACGGAGAAGCUUGGAUAUAAGCCGCGGUUCAAUAAGAAAGGCGAUAACAACUGA